GACACACGUUGGUCUUCAUUCCUCCUCCUUAUACCGCCACCACCUCCUGAAGGUAGCAAUUGCCCUCUGCCCAGAUGCUGACCUCAUACUGCGCUUUCUGAUGUGGCCAAUGGACGUUUUCAAGUUACAGUCUCUUGGAGGUGGAAAGGCCCCUUAACCUCAAUGAGUCAAUGUUUGCUGCAGCCGAGUCUAUAGUCACGAGACUUAUUUGUCUUUAACUGGUUAUUUGACUCACAGGCCAUUCUUGGCAUUCGUCUGCAUUCCGAACUAUGAUUCUUGUUUCUCCCUGCGUAGUUUGGAAGCCCCAAUUUAAUAAUUUCCGAACUAAGUGCAAGGUUACAUUCCAAUGGCUUCGAUUCAGGAACUCCUUCCCCCGCCCUCUUCCCUUGAGCAUAUAUGCUUCCGACGCGGAGGGUACCUCACUAGCCCUACAGGCGGCAAGACCAGUCGUACUUUGGGAAUACGGAUAAAUCUUCAUCCUCUGCCUCCUGGCAAGUGGCAGGAGUUAGUUGUCUCUUUAAGAGCGUGCUAGAACUGAAGCCGAAGAGUAUCGCGAGAACCGUACAACCAGCGACUUCUCGCGAUGUUUAGACCGGCAAAGGGUGGCCAUUUUGGAGUCCACCCGGCGGCUGGUAGCCCCGGCGGCGUCUGCCAGCCUGCUGCCGGGACCAAAGCUGGCCCCACCGGUGUCUGCCCGGUGGGCGGCCGCACCAACGCGAUGUGGCGGCUCCGCUGCAAGGCCAAGGAGGGCACUCAUGUUUUGCAGGGGUUGUCCAGCCGGACCCGGGUGCGAGAACUCCAGGGCCAGAUUGCCGCCAUCACCGGGAUCUCCCCCAGCUGUCAGCGAAUCCUCGUCGGAUACCCGCCCGAGUGCCUGGAUCUUAGCAACGGGGAUACCAUACUAGGGGAUUUGCCCAUCCAGUCAGGUGACAUGCUGAUCGUUGAAGAAGACCAAAGUAGGCCCAAAACGUCGCCUACAUUUACAAAAUAUGGUGCUCCUAGUUACGUCAGGGAAACUUUGCCUGUACUUACCAGGAUGGCAGUCCCAGCAGACAACUCUUGUCUCUUUACCAGUGUGUACUAUGUUGUUGAAGGAGGAGUCUUGAAUCCAGCUUGUGCCCCUGAGAUGAGACGCCUCAUAGCACAAAUUGUAGCCAGUGAUCCAGACUUCUAUAGUGAGGCAAUACUGGGAAAAACAAAUGAAGAGUACUGUGACUGGAUCAAAAGGGAUGAUACUUGGGGUGGAGCCAUUGAGAUAUCCAUUUUGUCUAAGUUUUACCAAUGUGAAAUAUGUGUAGUGGAUACACAGACUGUACGAAUUGACCGUUUUGGGGAAGAUGCAGGAUAUACCAAAAGGGUCCUUCUCAUUUAUGAUGGCAUCCACUAUGAUCCACUUCAGCGCGUCUUCCCUGACCCAGACACCCCUCCUCUGACUAUUUUCUCCUCUUAUGAUGAUAUUGUUCUUGUGCAAGCACUGGAAUUAGCAGAUGAAGCUAGAAAGAAGAGACAGUUUACUGAUGUAAACCGCUUCACCCUGAGAUGCAUGGUAUGUCAGAAGGGAUUAACUGGACAAGCAGAAGCAAGGGACCAUGCCAAGGAGACAGGCCAUACCAACUUCGGAGAAGUGUGAUCCAUGCAUGAUGAGGAUUGAAGCCUACUACCUCACAGAUCCAGAAGGCUCUGGGUUUUCCAAUAAGCUAUUUGUUACCCUUAAGAACAAAAGAACACAAUGCUUGAACCAUCCUUUUAACCUUAAACCACUAAGACACUGAAUUCCUUGUUAAGAUUAAAAUUAGUGUGCAAGUUUA